AUGAAGCUCACUCAGGCCGCCGUUUACGCCAUCUUGGCCUACACUGCCGUCGCUCUUCCCACCGCACCCAUGGGCAAAGCUGACAUGGGCAAGGCCGACAUUGCCAGGAGGGAUGGCGGCAAGGCCGAUGUGGCUGGAAAGGCAGACUAUGCCCGCGACCUGGGCAAGGCUGAUGUUGCCGGUAAGGCCGAUAUCACCAGGAGGGAUGGCGGCAAGGCCGACGUGGCUGGCAAGGCAGACAUUGCUCGUCGGGAUGGCGGCAAGUCCGAUGUUGCUGGCAAGGCCGACGUGGCCAAGAGGGACGGCGGAAAAGCCGACGUGGCUGGAAAGGCCGACGUUGCCCGCAGGGACGGCGGCAAGUCAGAUGUUGCCGGUAAGGCAGACGUAGCCAAGAGAGACGGCGGUAAAUCUGAUGUUGCUGGUAAGGCAGACAUCGCUCGCCGUGAUGGCGGUAAGGCCGACGUCGCCGGCAAGGCGGACGUGGCCCGCAGGGAUGGUGGCAAGUCAGAUGUUGCCGGUAAGGCGGACGUGGCCCGCAGGGACGGCGGUAAGGCCGAUGUGGCUGGCAAGGCAGACAUAGCCAAGAGGGACGGUGGCAAAGCCGACGUUGCCGGUAAGGCAGACGUCGCUCGCCGUGAUGGUGGCAAGGCGGAUGUCGCCGGGAAGGCCGACAUGACUAAGAGGGACGGUGGCAAAGCCGACGUGGCCGGAAAGGCGGACGUGGCCCGCAGGGACGGCGGAAAGGCCGACGUUGCCGGUAAGGCGGAUAUCGCUCGCCGCGAUGGCGGAAAGGCCGACGUUGCCGGUAAGGCGGAUAUCGCUCGCCGCGAUGGCGGAAAGGCCGACGUUUCCGGCAAGGCUGAUGUCGCUCGCCGCGAUGGCGGAAAGGCCGACGUUGCCGGCAAGGCGGAUAUUGCUCGUCGCGAUGGUGGCAAAGCUGACGUUGCCGGUAAGGCUGAUGUUGCCCGCAGGGACGGCGGCAAGGCCGAUAUGGAAGACUCUUACUAA